AUGAAAGUCUUUGUUAUCGGCGGUUCAGGUCUUGUUGGAAGUCACUGUCUAACAUAUUUUAGAGAAAAAGGUUGGAAAGUUGAAGGUUCACAUUGUAAUUAUGCAACGGAUAGAACCUCUUACUACAAUACAUUAGAACCACAAAAUAAAAAUAACUUCGAUGUUAUAUCUUUUCGACCUGACGUUAUUGUACAUUGUGCAGCAUUGACAAAUGUUGAUUAUUGCGAAACACACGAAGAAGAAAGUUAUCAACAUACGUUUAAAAGUACUGAACAUGUCUGCGAACUCUCAAUGAUAUGUGGUGCACGAAUGGUAUAUAUAUCAACAGAUUAUGUAUUCAAUGGUGAUCAUGGUCCUUAUAAUGAGAAUGACAUACCAAAUCCAAUAAAUAUAUAUGGAAAACACAAACUUCUCAGUGAACAACUUGUAAUUAAUUCUAUAAUUGAUUCUUUAGUUAUUCGUGUGACAAAUGUCUACGGAGAUGAAGCACGUGCCAAAAAUUUCGUUGCUCGAAUCAUAAAACAGUGUCAGGAUAAUAAACAACCGUUUUGUUUGAAACUUCCAUACGAUCAAUUUGCAACUCCUAUUAAUGCAUAUGAUAUAGCUCGAGCGAUGUUUUGUUUGAUAAGUGACAAAAAGAAAGGUAUUUAUCAUCUGUCUAGUACUGAUUACAUGAAUCGAGUAGAAUUGGCUAAAAAAAUCCUUUCAUAUUUAAAUAAUGAUCAAUUCAUCAAUGUUGAACCUGUCGAUUCAUCUACAUUGAAACAAAUUGCAAAACGUCCACUUCUAGCUGGUUUGUUAAAAGUUAAAUUCACCAAUGAAUAUCCAACAUUUGUUUUCAAUAGUGUGGAUAAUUACUUGGCUUCGAUUAGAAAAUAUUCUUUUUCGGAAUGGAAACAUCCAUAA